AGCUCCUCUGCAGCCAUGGACAGGAUUUUCUCUGCCUUGCUGCUCUCUUUGCUGCUUCUCCUCCAGAGCUAUGGAGCUUGUGGGGCACCUCCACAGCAGAGAGGCACCCUGUGCAGAACCAAACCCACGGACCUGGUGUUCAUCAUCGACAGCUCCCGCAGCGUGCGCCCGCAGGAGUUUGAGAAGGUCAAGGUCUUCCUGUCCAAGGUGAUCGAGGGGCUGGACGUGGGCCCCAACUCCACCCGGGUGGGUGUCAUCAACUAUGCCAGUGCUGUCAAGAACGAGUUCUCCCUCAAGACCCACCAAACCAAAGCUGGGCUGCUGCAAGCCGUCCGAAGGAUAGAGCCACUCUCCACCGGGACUAUGACCGGCCUGGCCAUCCAGUUUGCCAUCAGCCGAGCCUUCAGCGACUCUGAAGGGGCCAGGGUGAGGUCUCCCAAUUUUAACAAGGUGGCGAUCGUCGUGACCGACGGACGUCCGCAGGACGGAGUGCAGGACGUGUCGGCGAGGGCCAGGGCCGCUGGCAUCGAGAUCUUCGCCAUUGGGGUGGGCAGGGUGGACAUGCACACGCUGAGGCAGAUAGCCAGCCAGCCCCUGGAUGACCAUGUGGACUAUGUGGAGAGCUACAGCGUCAUAGAGAAGCUGACCCACAAGUUUCAAGAGGCUUUCUGCGUGGUUUCAGACCUGUGUGCCACUGGAGACCACGACUGUGAGCAGAUCUGCAUCAGCAGCCCAGGAGCCUACAAGUGUGGGUGCAAGGAGGGCUUCACGCUGAACAGCGAUGGGAAGACCUGCAGUGCCUGCAGUGGUGGCUUAGGAUCCGCCCUGGAUCUCGUGUUCCUGAUCGAUGGCUCCAAGAGCGUGAGGCCUGAGAACUUCGAGCUGGUGAAGAAAUUCAUCAACCAAAUUGUGGACUCGCUGGAGGUGUCAGAGAAGCAAGCCCAAGUUGGCCUGGUGCAGUACUCCAGCUCUGUCAGACAGGAGUUCCCACUGGGGCAGUUCAAGAACAAGAAGGACAUCAAAGCAGCAGUCAAGAAAAUGUCCUACAUGGAGAAAGGGACAAUGACAGGCCAGGCUCUGAAGUACCUCGUUGACAGCUCCUUUUCUGUCGUCAAUGGAGCUAGGCCUGGGGUCCCCAAGGUGGGAAUAGUCUUCACUGAUGGGCGCUCACAAGAUUACAUCACUGAUGCUGCUAAGAAAGCCAAAGAUCUAGGCUUUAAGAUGUUUGCUGUGGGAGUUGGCAACGCAGUUGAGGAUGAGCUGAGGGAAAUUGCUUCAGAACCAGUAGCUGAGCACUACUUCUACACAGCUGACUUCAGAACCAUCAGCAAGAUCGGGAAGAAGCUGCAAAUGAAAAUCUGCAUUGAGGAAGAUCCCUGCGAAUGCAAAUCUAUCGUGAAGUUCCAGACGAAAGUGGAAGACCUCAUAAAUGCCUUGCAGAGGAAAUAUAUCCUUUGGAAGCUGGCGAAGAGGAUCGAAGCCCUGGAGAACAAGAUCAUCUAA